AUGGGCGGUAUGGACGUCAUUUCAUUUGACAUGCUGCUUCACAGCUAUCACCUGCUCCUCUUCAAUGACCCGCGCCGGCACUUCCGUAGGAUACUCGCGAGACCAGCCACCGCAGAGAAGACUGGGACACCGGAGCUAGCCAGUCGCGAUGGCAAGGAUGAGUCAACAACACCGCAAUAUGUCGAACAGGCCUAUCCUGCCAAGUGGAGCGAGAGGCUGCCUUGGAUUGGAACACUGCUCAUUUCGAUGCGUUUCGUGGACUGGAAGAUUGGUUCACCGUCGCAUGACUCUAGACAGCCAGAUCGAUGUCCGAUUCCGCCAAGUCAUUCGCGCUUCAUACUCAUAGCUAUCUUGCGCACGCUAAGUGGUUACGUCGUGAUGGAUCUGACGUCUGCCUGGACGCAACAAGAUCCAUACUUUAAGACUUUUGGCGUAAGUGUCGAUUCGCCUUUGCCACAACAUGACCUCUUAGGCUUGUUGCCACCACGUUUGAUCAGGUGCACAAUCAUGGCACUUCAAGUAUGGGCAACGGUUGGUCAGCAGUUCCAACUACCAUGCACUCUGCCAGUAGCUUUGCACUGGAUGGGCUAUCUUCCAGAUGCGUGGAGCCCACAUCUUUGGCCAACCUUCUUUGGCAGCUUCAGAGCAAUGUUCUCAACCUCCAACCUCGGUGCAGUGCGCAACUUCUGGGGACGCUACUGGCAUCAAACCUUGAGAUACUACUGUUCAGGCCCAGGAAUGUGGCUUGCAGGUUUGUUGCACUUACCUCGUCGUAGUCAUAGUCGCUACAUGCUCAUCAGCGCAACUACAUUCUUCUUUUCUGGUAUCGUGCAUAUCGGUCUGGUACCACCAGACCCUAUGUUUGCAAUCAAAUCCGCGAACCAAAUUCGCUGGCUCAUCUUGUUAUUCUUCUGGUUGCAACCAGUAGGCUUUGCAUUCGAGACGGCUGUAUCAGUGGGUUUGCGUCGCAUGAGCACACCCAAGCCAAUCUAUACCAUUUUGAACAUUUUGUGGUUUGCAGCAUGGUGUUGUUUCGUUCUUCCUUUCUUGGGAGAAGCAGGUCGCAAUCUAGGCUACUGGCGCGUAUGGCCUGUGCCUAUCAGUCUAUGGCAAGGCAUCACUCUGGGCAAAUGGCUGACGUGGUUUUGA